AUGAGUCAGGCUCUGAGCCGUUUCGGCCUAGCACCUCUUGGUAGAGUUUGUGUUGUCUCUGUUCCUAAGCUGUUACAGAAGCUUUCGAAGUAUUAUGGCCUCAGCAAGUGUCUGAAGUACUCCUCUUACGAGGAAUUAUUUGCAUUGCAUUCGGAACUCGUGAUGAACAUGGCUCUUAAAGAUUUCGAGCUUUUCCGUGCUGCAUUGACACGCCAUCGUUGUAGGACAUUCCUGAAAAAGGUACCACUAUUAAUUUCUGCCUUCGAAUUCUUCUCUUCGAGUCAUUUUCUUUCGAUGGAUAUUUUUGUAUUGAUUUCUUAUUCACAUGUUUGCAAAAUUUGCAUUGUUAACCACUCUUUGUCACUAAGUGCUACAUGGUGUUCUGUCCAUGUUAGACAGUUGAAUUUGCAGGAAAUCAUCAAGUACUGGUACCAGAGGUACCGCUUGUUUUCAAAACUGGAUAAAGGAGUACUGAUGGACAGAGAGGGGUGGUUCUCGGUGACACCCGAACGGAUAGCAGAACAUAUUGCUGAUCGAAUGGUUCGUCAACCAGGAAUUCUGAUUGUAGAUGCUUUCGCUGGCGUUGGUGGUAACAGUAUACAGUUAGCCUUGAAAGGAGCAAGGGUUAUAGCGAUUGACAUGGAUCCGAUCCGGCUGAAGUGCGCUCGUGAAAAUGCGAGAGUUUACGGUGUCGAAGACCGUAUUGACUUCAUAUGCUGCGACUUUUUCCACUUUGCUUCGAAGUGGAUGAACGAUGUUGGAAAACCAGUGGAUGCAGUAUUCCUCAGUCCUCCAUGGGGUGGCCCAAGUUAUUUAAAGUCGACGGUAUUUGAUCUUGACGACCUCAAUCCCAAUGGUUUUGAUAUUUUUACGGUGGCAAGGAAGUUAUCACCGAAUAUCGCUUACUUCUUACCCAGGAAUACUGCGCUAAAACAGUUGAUAUCCCUCAGUGGGUCAGGAGGAAGAUGUGAAAUUGAACAAAGUUGUUUAAACAAGAAGAUCAAAACUCUCACUGCCUAUUAUGGGAGUCUAGCCGUUCAAAGAAGCUGA